UUCACUACAGGAAGCAACAGAAUCAUACCGCAAACUCCAAUAGUCUUAGACACUAAUGACUAUUCACAAACAUUGGGGAUAUCACAGCAGAUAUUUAAAGGAGAUGAUGAAUUAGCAGGAACUGGGAAACAAUCAUUAUGUACAGAGAGUAAUUUAGUCAUCAAACAAGAGGACAACAUUUAUGACUUAUCUAGUGAAAUUAUUAACCCAGAGGAUAAACCACACACAUUUACUGAGUUUUCAAAACCUAUUAAAGAAAGGAAAAGUCUACAGUCUAGCCAAGUAAUUCAUACAAAGGAGCAACCUUUCCAAUGUACAGAGUGUGAGAAAAGAUUUAGAUUGGAGUCACAUCUACUAGAACACCACAAAAUUCACACAGGUGAGAAACCACACACAUCUUCUGAGUGCGGAAAAUGUUUUACACAAAUGGAUCAUCUGAAAACUCAUAAAAAUAUUUACACAGGAGAAAAGCCUUUCACAUGUACAGAGUGUGGGAAAAGUUUUACACGAAUGGAUUGUCUGAAAACUCAUGAAAGGAUUCACACAGGAGAAAAGCCUUUCACAUGUACAGAGUGUGGAAAAAGUUUUACACAAAAGAGUGAUCUUAAAGCUCAUGAAAGGAUUCACACAGGAGAAAAGCCAUUCAUAUGUACAGAGUGUGGAAAAAGUUUUACACAAAUGAGUAAUCUGAAAAAGCAUGAAAGGAGUCACACAGGAGAAAAGCCUUUCACAUGUACAGAGUGUGGAAAAAGUUUUACAGAAAAGAGUCAUCUGAAAAAGCAUGAAAGGAUUCACACAGGAGAAAAGCCUUUCACAUGUACAGAGUGUGGAAAAAGUUUUACAGAAAAUAGUAGUCUGAAAAAACAUGAAAUGAUUCACACAGGGGAAAAGCUAUUCCAAUGUACAGAGUGUGGAAAAAGUUUUGCACAAAUGAAUCAUCUGGAAAUACAUGAAAUAAUUCACACAGGGGAAAAGCCUUUCACAUGUACAGAGUGUGGAAAAGGUUUUAUACGUAAAAGUCAUCUGAAAACUCAUGAAAGGAGUCACACAGGGGAAAAGCCUUUCAUAUGUACAGAGUGUGGAAAAAGUUUUACAGAAAAGAGUUGUCUGAAAACUCAUGAAAGGAUUCACACAGGAGAAAAGCUGUUCAUAUGUACAGAGUGUGGAAAAGGUUUUACACAAAAGAGUGAUCUGAAAACUCAUGAAAGGAUUCACACAGGAGAAAAGCCGUUCAUAUGUACAGAGUGUGGAAAAAGUUUUACACAAAUGAGUAAUCUGAAAAAGCAUGAAAGGAUUCACACAGGAGAAAAGCCUUUCACAUGUACAGAGUGUGGAAAAUGUUUUACAAAAAAGAGUCAUCUGGAAAAACAUGAAAGGAGUCACACAGGGGAAAAGCCUUUCACAUGUACAGAGUGUGGAAAAAGUUUUACAGAAAAGAGUUGUCUGAAAAGUCAUGAAAGGAUUCACACAGGAGAAAAGCCGUUCACAUGUACAGAGUGUGGAAGAUGUUUUGCACAAAUGAGUAGUCUGAAAAAACAUGAAAGGAUUCACAAGGGAAGAAACCUUUCACAAGUUUAGAAAGUGGAAAAAAGGUUCUUAAUGAAAUCCGGUAUCACUAAACACCAAAUAUUUACACACAAACUUUAUAUACACAGUGUACAAACCUUUUUACAAUUAUCCUAGAGGACAAACUCUCUAAAUAGAAGGAUCAAAAAGGAUGAUAUUGUAAAUAAUACUUUCUAAAUCCCAGUUACAAAAGCCCCAGAUUUAAAGUGCUCCUGUGCACCUGAAUUUCUCUCAUAUAAAUGUGAUAGAAUACAAACACGACACAGAAAUAUACAGAUCUGUCCUCAUACUGACCCGUUUACACAACCAUUCUACACCAAAGCACCCCCAGUGUUGUUUAUUAAUAUGCCAGUGUCAUGAGUUGUACAUUUGAUUUACAUAGGGGAGAAAUAAUUAUAUUUACAGAAUAAAGAGUCUCUAUAUAAAUAGACUUAGAAAAUUAUAUAAAUAGAACAUCAGUCUCAAAUAAUUGACAUCUGGGAGAUAUAUUUAAUGUGCACAUCAUGCGGAUAAACCUUUUCUUAUAGCAAUAGAUGCUUAGCAUUGUACAUGUUAUAUACCAGAGGAAUUACUGAGGGGAAACGGAUUUCAUUUCAUGAGACACAAUAUCAGUAACCAUUUCAUACGUGAUCAUAAUCAGUUUAAUUUAAAUGGCUACUAUAACCUACAUGUAUACUGGGUAUGUAAUAUGUAUGUCAUGUUCUGUAACUUGAUAUUAUGUCUGUUAGAUGUUUUCAUGUUAGUUAGAAGCCACAAGAACUGAUAAUAGCACAUACU